CUCAGUGUAAAGUCUGUACGUCGCUUCGGUGCGGAUUCCCUGGCUGUGUAGUUCAAGUUCCCUUCCAUAGAGGUUGUAGGAGACCGUGCAAGGGCGGAAAUUGUUGGUAAAGGAAACACUGCUGUAACUGUGCGCCUCAGCUUGUGUUGUCAUUGGUGUCCGAGCCUUGAGACCCGGCGCUCAGUUUGGCUAAUUAUUAUAGGACUGAGGAGCUGCUUUCCAAGUUGGCACAGGAAUGUCUGCACUUCUGAAAGAAUUGAGGUUUUCUGUCCCCUGGGGACAAUUAGCAGCUAAAGCCUGGGGUCCUAGUGAAGGCCGUCCUGUGCUUUGCCUGCAUGGCUGGUUGGAUAAUGCGAACACAUUUGACAGACUGAUUCCAUUACUUCCAAAUGAUCAUCAUUUUGUGGCUUUAGAUUUCUCGGGACAUGGGCUGUCAUCCCAUUUGCCUGAAGGAGUGAGAUACCAACACAUUGACUAUGUGACGGACAUACACAGAGUGGUAACACAAUUGGGUUGGCGACAAUUCUCAAUAAUGGGACACAGUAUGGGCGGAGUUGUCGGUGGAUUAUUUGCUUCUGUUUUUCCUGAGUUGGUCAAGAAACUCAUAUUGCUGGAUUCUUAUGGAUUCUUUCCAGUUAAUGCGGACAUGAUCCAGACUCACCUGAAAAAGACAAUAAACUAUUAUUCUCGUUUGGAGGGUGUGAGUGCUGGAAAAAUAUACUCGCCACAAGGUGCUCUGCAGAGGCUGUUGGAAGCAAAUGCCAGUCUAACAUUGGAAUCUGGAAAGUUGCUGCUGCAGCGUGGUACUAAGCCUGUGGAAGGGGGUGUAGUCUUCAGCCGCGACAUCAGGGUAACUGUGAACAAUUCAUUACCUCUCUCCACAGAGCAGUGCCUUUUGAUGCUGUGCAAAAUUCAGGCGGAAGUAAACAUUAUCAUGGCUAACGAGGGGCUCACAGCUGACAUGAUGCGAGGGGUUUAUACGGAUGUGGGACAAGCCUUAUUGAAAGGAUUCAAAGAAAGUCUAAAGGAGCGUUGCCAGGUUACAGUUGUGGAUGGGAACCACUUUGUUCAUCUGAAUGAGCCAGAAAAGGUGGCUAAUAUCAUCUUUGAUUUUCUACACGCAAGGUCAUAUCUCCAAUGCAAUCUCUAAAGUCGCAGAGAUGCCUCCGCCCCUCAUUCAUCUGCAAAUCCAAAAUAGCACCUACCUGUACUAAUCUGGAGAGCCAUAAACAUGCUGUGCCACAUGGAGCUAGAAAAAUCACAAUAUGAAGGACAAGUAGAAAAUAUACUGGAUAAUAGUAAUUAUAUCUGAACACAUUUUUCAUCAGGGAACUGUGGCAUAUUAGGAAGUCAUCUGCAGGACCUUUGAGGUUCAACAACAUGCAACAUAAAAACUCUUUAUGCAAUUCCAACAUAGAUGCGAAUCAGGAUUUGGUCUAAUCCAAAAAAGGCAAAUGGACUGCACUUGUGCCAGCACAGCAAGACAAUUUAACACUGAAUAUUUGUUGUUGGACUUUUUUAAAUAUACUCCUGAUCUGCCAGACUUUGUGUUGGAUUCAUUCUAAUGGAAAUGGUUUUGCACAGUUAUGGAAUAAGACUAAACAAAAAAAAGUCACUUUGCCUUAGCUGUAGCAUGGAAACAUGCUUUAAACAAAUAAUGUGACAAUAUUUACCUUUCAGAAGGUUUCUGCAACUCAUGGCACAAGUCGUAUAUUGGCAGAGAAGCCCCCAAAUGUAUCUGAUUUCAAUAAAAGCAAUAGCCAGCUUGACAGGGUUUGGAUAUUUGAGCCACGUGCACCAUGUACCUACUGUUUAUUUAUUUAUAAAUAUUCGUGAAGCUUUAUAUGAGUCUAAACAUAUGGACCAGG